AUGGCUACAUCAGCAAAUCUGGAUAUUGGAGCGCAGCUGAUAGUGGAAGAGUGUCCUAGCAGUUACAGUCUAAGUGGCAUGCCAGACAUUAAAAUAGAACGUCAGCUGGACUCGAGUGCGGAAGAAGGACCGGCUCAGGGCGUUGCCGUGGGGAUGAAGUUCAUACUGCCUAACCGGUUUGAUAUGAAUGUCUGCUCUCGGUUUGUGAAGUCCUUAAAUGAAGAGGACAGUAAAAAUAUUCAAGAUCAGGUUAACUCUGACCUGGAGGUGGCAUCUGUCCUAUUUAAAGCUGAAUGCAAUAUCCAUACAUCUCCUUCUCCGGGAAUUCAAGUAAGGCAUGUCUAUACUCCGUCUACAACAAAGCACUUCUCACCCAUAAAGCAGUCAACUACUUUAACCAACAAACACAGAGGAAAUGAGGUCUCAACCACACCUCUAUUAGCAAAUUCUCUAUCUGUUCACCAGCUGGCUGCCCAGGGAGAGAUGCUCUACCUGGCUACUCGAAUCGAACAAGAAAAUGUUAUCAACCACACGGACGAAGAAGGAUUUACCCCUCUGAUGUGGGCUGCAGCACACGGGCAAAUAGCUGUGGUAGAGUUUCUACUUCAGAAUGGCGCUGAUCCCCAGCUUUUAGGAAAGGGUCGGGAAAGUGCCCUGUCGUUGGCCUGUAGCAAGGGCUACACGGACAUCGUCAAGAUGCUGCUAGAUUGUGGCGUUGAUGUAAACGAGUACGAUUGGAAUGGAGGGACACCUUUGCUUUAUGCUGUACAUGGAAAUCAUGUGAAAUGUGUAAAAAUGCUCUUAGAAAAUGGAGCGGACCCAACAAUUGAAACUGACUCUGGGUAUAAUUCUAUGGAUCUAGCUGUAGCCCUGGGCUAUAGAAGUGUUCAACAGGUUAUUGAGUCCCAUUUAUUGAAACUGCUUCAGAACAUCAAGGAGUAG